ACCAAGAAGCAAGGAAAGAGAGAGAGAGAGAGAGAGAAGAUUAUACACAGUUUUAACAGUGUGUGAAAAAGUGUCAUAAAAUAUUUUUGAUUAAGUGAAUUCUUCUGCACACAAAGCAAAGAAAGCGAAUCAUCAACAGGUCAAGCCGGCGGCUGCUUACCUGUGAACUGGCGGCGGAGAGGCAAAGAGAGAGAUAAAUAACUUGAGAAUUAUGACACUGCAUCGAGCACCAUCAUUAUGGUCAAGUCCACGACGAAGUCCCAGGGGAAUGUGCUGCCUCAUAACGAUGCUGGCAGCACUUCUAGCCACAACAAAUGCCUUUCCCUUUCUGUUCCCGCGUGUCCAGCCCCGUAUCAAUUGGACCCAGCCCGAGCUGGCGGAAUGGGUGAUUGAAGAACAGCCACGGAGUAUACAUCCACAUUUGGAACUGACGCACCAUCCCAAUCGCACGAACAGUGAACCCUCCGACAGCGAUGCGGAGUUCUUGGAACGUUUGCGAGCCAUCAAGACGAAUCGAACGGCAACGGGUCGCAUGUUGUGGUACGAUGCGGCAGCCGGCGAUGGCCUGGUCUAUCCGCCCUUUGUGGACAAGGCCCUGAAACUCUUGAAUCUCAAACAGGUUGCCUACGAGAUCGAGAAUAGUGUCAUGUCCAAGGUGACAUGCACGGCCUGCAAGGCAGGAGCCGGAAUGCUGCAGCAUCAGAUACAAUCGGGCAAAUCGGAUGAGGAGAUAAUGCGUUUAAUAGCCGAAUAUUGCACCAAUUUAAAUAUCCAGAGUGCUCGAGUGUGUCAGGGUGUAUCCCAGCUAUUUGGCAGUGAAUUGAUCUACGUCCUGAAGAGAGUUAACCUCACGCCCGAUGAACUGUGCAGCUUUGUCAUUGGUGAUGGCUGCAGCGAUGUCUACAAUCCCUAUCAUGAGUGGGAGGUUAUAUUUCCCCCGGUGCCGAAACCGCCUCGUCUCGCUGAUCUGCCCAUACCCCUGGAGGCGGCACCCUUUUUCAAGGUUCUCCACAUCUCUGAUACCCACUAUGAUCCCCACUAUGUGGAGGGCUCCAAUGCCGAGUGCAAUGAACCUUUGUGCUGUCGCCUGAGCAGUGGACGACCAGCUAAUCCCAAUGCAGCGGCCGGCAAAUGGGGAGACUAUCGCAAAUGUGAUACUCCGAAGAGAACUGUCGAUAAUAUGUUGGCCCACAUAGCUGAAACUCACAAGGAUAUCGAUUAUAUACUAUGGACAGGUGACUUGCCGCCCCAUGACGUGUGGAAUCAAACCAAGGAAGAGAAUCUGGCCAUUAUCAAGGAGACGGUUAAGCAAAUGGUGGAGAAAUUUCCCGGCAUACCAAUUUUCCCAGCCUUGGGCAAUCAUGAGAGUGCCCCGGUAAAUAGUUUUCCUCCACCGUAUGUAAAUCAAGUGGAUAUAUCCAUUAAUUGGCUUUACGAUGAAUUGGAUAAUCAAUGGCGUCGCUGGCUGCCUCAAAGUGUCUCCCACACCGUACGCAGAGGAGCCUUCUACUCGGUUCUGGUGCGUCCAGGAUUCCGAAUUAUUUCCAUGAACAUGAACUACUGCAAUAACAAGAACUGGUGGCUUCUGCUCAAUUCCACAGAUCCAGCCACAGAGUUGCAAUGGUUUAUUUAUGAACUGCAAAGUGCUGAGUUCUCCAAUGAGAAGGUCCAUGUCAUUGGGCAUAUACCGCCAGGACAUUCCGAUUGCCUUAAGGUUUGGUCUCGCAACUUCUACAAGAUUAUAUCCCGCUAUGAGAGCACCAUAACAGCUCAAUUCUAUGGUCAUACGCAUUACGAUGAGUUUGAAAUGUUCUACGAUCCACAUGAUCUAAAUCAUCCCAACAGCAUUGCCUAUAUUGGACCCUCCGUGUCGCCCUACUAUGAUCUUAAUCCCGGCUAUCGCAUUUACUAUGUUGAUGGCGAUCAUGAUAGUACCACACGCCUGGUUAUCGAUCACGAAUCCUGGAUUAUGAACCUGAAAGAGGCCAAUCUCUAUGGCUAUCCCAUUUGGUAUAAACUAUACACAGCACGGGCGGCAUUCAAUAUGAAGGCACUGCGUCCCAGCGAUUGGCAUAAUCUCCUCAACGAUCUAACCAAUAACCAGGAACUCUUUGAGCUGUAUUACAAAUAUUAUUGGAAGAACUCACCAGCCCGACCCACUUGCGAUGCAGAGUGCAAAAAACGCAUGAUCUGCGAUUGCAAGAGCGGUCGUUCACAUGAUCGCAAACAUUUCUGCACCGAUGUGGAAUCCAAAAUUGAUGAGGAGUCAUCCAAGUCAUGGAAGUCGUGGUUCUAUCGUGGAUUAUCUAAUUCCUACAGUCUUCUCUCAUCGAUCACAUAUUUGCCGAAAUACUUGCUGGGCUAUCGCUGAGGAAAAAACCUUCGAUUCUUUGGAUAAAGUCAAUGCAACAAAUCAAAAUACACAGUGCAAAUGCGAAACGAAAGAAAUACGCCUACAAUAUAAGUUUACUAUGUGAUAAUUAGUGCUUAGAAUUUAAAUUUAAAUUAAUUAAGUAAAUAAUGUCACAAUUGAAUGCAAUGCCCAUAAACCCAACCCAACCCAACCCACCCCGCCUCUAUAUAGAACUCCUCCAAUCGAUCCAACCGAGUCAAUGAACAAUAGUCAUUAAAAUUAAAUUGAUGGGCGUGGCGGCUGAAGGCGGCCAGUGGAAUGGAAUGCUUACCAGUUGAACAAAUUACUUUAUAGAAUUGUAGAAUUAUCGUGAAUAAAGUGCAAUUAAUUUAAUAAAUACAUACAUAA